GCUCCGCCGCCGCCGCCACCGCCGCCGCUACCGCCUCACACACUAGCGGAGCGGGAGCGCGGCGCGGACGCGAAGCCGCCUGGCUGCUGCGCCCCACACAGCCUGCCGGAGCCGGAGCCUGAACCGCAGCGCCAGCCCCUGCCGUGUCGAGCCGCAGCCCGCGCCGGGGCCGGCGGCGGCUCACGGACAGCGGGGCGGGCGGCGAGUGCUGCCCCGAGGCGGUUCUCCUGAUCCUGGAGCCUGCCGGGAUGGGGCCUCUGAGGCCCAGCCCUGGGCCCCGGGGGCAGCGGUUGCUGCUGCCCCCCUUAUUGCUGGCACUGCUGCUCCUAUUGGCUCCAUCUGCAGGCCAUACCACCCAGGUAGUAUACAAGGUGCCAGAAGAACAGCCGCCCAACACUCUCAUCGGGAGCCUUGCCGCUGACUACGGUUUUCCAGACGUGGGUCAUCUGUACAAACUAGAGGUAGGUGCUCCAUACCUUCGAGUGGACGGCAAGACUGGCGACAUUUUCACCACAGAGACCUCCAUUGACCGAGAGGGACUCCGUGAAUGCCAGAACCAGAUCCCUGGGAACCCCUGUAUCCUGGAGUUUGAGGUGUCUAUCACGGACCUCGUGCAGAAUGGCAGCCCCCGGCUGCUAGAGGGACAGAUAGAGGUGCAGGACAUCAAUGACAACACACCCAACUUUGCCUCUCCGGUCAUCACCCUGGCCAUCCCUGAGAACACCAACAUCGGCUCGCUCUUCCCCAUCCCACUGGCCACAGACCGUGAUGCUGGCCCCAAUGGCGUAGCAUCCUACGAGCUGCAGGCUGGGCCUGAGGCCCAGGAGCUAUUUGGACUGCAGGUGGCUGAGGACCAGGAAGAGAAGCAGCCACAGCUCAUUGUCAUGGGCAACCUAGACCGUGAACGCUGGGACUCCUAUGACCUCACCAUCAAAGUACAGGAUGGCGGGAGUCCUCCACGAGCCAGUAGUGCCCUGCUGCGUGUCACUGUGCUUGAUACAAAUGACAACGCUCCCAAGUUUGAGCGGCCAUCCUACGAAGCCGAGCUGUCUGAGAACAGCCCCAUUGGCCACUCCGUCAUCCAGGUGAAAGCCAAUGACUCAGACCAAGGUGCCAAUGCCGAGAUUGACUAUACCUUCCACCAGGCGCCUGAAGUUGUCAAGCGUCUUUUGCGACUAGACAGAAACACUGGACUUAUCACCGUCCAGGGUCCUGUGGACCGUGAGGAUCUAAGCACUCUGCGCUUCUCAGUGCUCGCCAGGGACCGAGGCGCCACCCCGAAGAGCGCCCGUGCCCAGGUAGUCGUGACUGUGAAAGACAUGAACGACAAUGCCCCCACCAUUGAGAUCCGAGGCAUAGGGCUGGUGACUCACCAAGAUGGGAUGGCUAACAUCUCAGAGGAUGUGGCGGAGGAGACUGCUGUGGCCUUGGUGCAGGUAUCUGAUCGAGAUGAAGGAGAGAAUGCAGCGGUCACCUGUGUCGUAGCAGGGGAUGUCCCCUUCCAGCUGCGCCAGGCCAGCGAGACAGGCAGUGACAGCAAGAAAAAGUACUUUCUGCAGACCACCACCCCUCUUGACUAUGAGAAAGUCAAAGACUAUACCAUUGAGAUCGUGGCCGUGGACUCCGGCAACCCCCCACUCUCUAGCACCAACUCCCUCAAGGUCCAGGUGGUAGAUGUCAAUGACAAUGCCCCUGUAUUCACCCAGAGCAUCACUGAAGUCGCCUUCCCAGAAAACAACAAGCCUGGGGAAGUGGUGGCCGAGGUCACUGCCAGUGACGCUGACUCCGGCUCUAACGCAGAGCUGGUGUAUUCUCUGGAACCCGAGCCAGCUGCCCAGGGCCUUUUUACUAUCUCACCCGAGAACGGAGAGAUCCGGGUGAAGACGUCGCUGGAUCGGGAACAGAGAGACAGCUAUGAGCUGAAGGUGGUGGCGGCUGACCGGGGCAGUCCCAGCCUUCAGGGUACAGCCACGGUCCUUGUCAACGUGCUGGACUGCAACGACAAUGACCCCAAGUUUAUGCUGAGUGGCUACAACUUCUCGGUAAUGGAGAACAUGCCUGCGCUUAGUCCAGUGGGCAUGGUGACUGUCAUUGAUGGUGACAAGGGGGAGAAUGCCCGGGUACAGCUCUCAGUUGAGCAGGACAACGGUGACUUUGUUAUCCAGAACGGCACAGGCACCAUCUUAUCCAGCUUGAGCUUCGACAGGGAGCAACAGAGUACCUAUACCUUUCAACUGAAAGCUGUAGAUGGUGGUGUCCCGCCUCGCUCAGCGUACGUCGGCGUCACCAUCAAUGUGUUGGACGAGAACGACAAUGCACCCUUUAUCACCGCCCCCUCCAACACGUCUCACCGACUGCUGACCCCGCAGACGCGGCUUGGUGAGACAGUCAGUCAGGUGACGGCAGAGGACAUUGACUCCGGUGUCAAUGCUGAGCUGACCUAUAGCAUCGCUGGUGGCAACCCUUACGGACUCUUCCAGAUUGGAUCGCAUUCAGGCGCCAUCACCCUGGAGAAGGAGAUUGAACGGCGCCACCACGGGUUACACCGCCUUGUGGUGAAGGUCAGUGACCGGGGCAAGCCCCCACGCUAUGGCACAGCCUUGGUCCACCUUUACGUCAACGAGACCUUAGCCAACCGCACAUUGCUAGAGACCCUCCUUGUCCAUAGCCUGGACACACCACUGGACAUCGACAUCGCUGGGGACCCAGAGUACGAGCGUUCCAAGCAGCGUGGCAACAUUCUCUUUGGUGUCGUGGCCGGAGUGGUUGCCGUGGCCCUACUCAUCGCCCUGGCAGUGCUUGUGCGCUACUGCCGGCAGCGGGAGGCCAAGAGUGGCUAUCAGGCUGGCAAGAAGGAGACUAAGGACCUGUAUGCUCCCAAGCCCAGCGGCAAAGCGGCCAAGGGAAGCAAGAACAAAGGGAAGAAGAGCAAGUCCCCGAAGCCCGUGAAGCCAGUGGAGGACGAGGAUGAGGCCGGGCUGCAAAAGUCCCUCAAGUUCAACCUAAUGAGCGACGCCCCUGGGGACAGUCCCCGAAUCCACCUGCCCCUCAACUACCCACCAGGCAGCCCCGACUUAGGCCGCCAUUACCGCUCCAACUCCCCACUGCCUUCCAUCCAGCUACAACCCCAGUCACCCUCGGCCUCCAAGAAGCACCAGGUGGUGCAGGACCUACCGCCUGCAAACACUUUUGUGGGCACCGGGGACACCACGUCCACGGGCUCCGAGCAGUACUCCGACUACAGCUAUCGCACCAACCCCCCCAAAUACCCCAGCAAGCAGUUACCUCACCGCCGUGUCACCUUCUCGGCCACCAGUCAGGCCCAGGAGCUGCAGGACCCAUCACAGCACAGUUAUUAUGACAGUGGCCUGGAAGAGUCUGAAACACCAUCUAGCAAGUCAUCCUCAGGGCCCCGACUUGGUCCCCUGGCCCUCCCUGAGGACCACUAUGAGCGCACCACCCCUGACGGCAGCAUAGGUGAAAUGGAGCACCCUGAGAAUGACCUCCGCCCUUUGCCCGACGUCGCCAUGACGGGCACUUGUACCCGGGAGUGCAGCGAGUUUGGUCACUCUGACACAUGCUGGAUGCCUGGCCAGUCGUCUCCCAGCCGCCGGACCAAGAGCAGCGCCCUCAAACUCUCCACCUUCGUGCCUUACCAGGACCGAGGAGGGCAGGAGCCUGCGGGCGCCGGCAGCCCCAGCCCCCCGGAAGACCGGAACACCAAAACGGCCCCCGUGCGCCUCCUGCCCUCCUACAGUGCCUUCUCCCACAGUAGCCAUGACUCCUGCAAGGACUCGGCCACCUUGGAGGAAAUUCCCCUGACCCAGACCUCGGACUUCCCACCCACAGCCACACCGGCAUCUGCCCAGACCGCCGCCAAGCGUGAGAUCUACCUGUGAGCCCCCUUCUGGCCGGCGGCCACCCCUCCCCCAGUCGCCGGCCAGCUCCCAACUGGGUCUAUUCCAGGGCCCCACUCAAUCCCUCCAGCGUGGACUCUGUGGCCAGGUCCCGUUCCGUAGGAGAACUGGCUUCAAGACCACGUUGGCCCUUGCCCCCAUGCAGGGUCCAGGUCCUUCCCCCAUUCCUACCCCUUAGCUCCAAGGAGCCCCUUCUUCCCCGUCUAUGGGGCUCCUCCACCCAGCUGGUGCCCACGGGCUCCUCUGCAAUGACUGGGCUCCCUUCCAUCUUCUUCCAGAGAGUACCCCUUGCUUUGGGCAGAUGGUGGAGUCAAGAGUCAGCAGCACACUUUAACUCGGUGUUUCCUUCGCGGCUGACCAGGGCAGUGUAGCCUUGCAGCUGGGUAAACUGGAGGACUUUACUCCCUGGGAAUGCUCAGAGGAAACUCUCCACCACAAGGGGCUCUCUGAAGGGCUGUUGUUACCAAAGGUGGGGUGGGGAUUGGGGUGAGAGCGCUGCGAAGGCCUUCUUCCAGUACUGCUCCUGGGCUGGCCCACCUGCCUACAGGCUCAUGUCUGAUCCCGUCUGGGCACCCCCUUCCCUGCUGGUCUUGCGGUGUCUGUAUAUAAGGACCUUGGAAUGAUGUCCCCAUUUCUGCCUGAUUUGCAACUUUUCUCGUUGAUGUUGUGUUGUCUUGGGGGGCCCCUCUGGGGGGGACCUGCCCUGUGCCCCUCCUCCCUGCCGCAGUGCCCCCCAGGCCUCUAUUGUUCCAUGUUGUAAAUACCCCUGGGGCCGUGGUGGGAUGGGGGUGCAGGCCAGGGAAACAAAUGGUGGGUGGGGGGUGGGGACAGGGGUAACAUUUGCCUAUCAGCAGAGCUGGGCUUUUAUUUAAUUUUUUUUUAAAAAAAAAUACAAAUCUCUAUUUUUUUGGAACUGUUGCGCUGUGCCCUGGGGGGUGGGGAAUCCCCUCUCAGACUGGCCUCCCACACCCAGACAGAUGAGCAUCACAGAGGGGCCCUGAGGCUGUGGGGGGCAGCUGGACAGGGAUGGGAUGACUGUGCCUCUGGCCUGGUUGGGUGAGUUGGGAGCAGGAAAGUUUGCUCAGGGGGUGGCUGGUUUGCUGCCUCCUAUAUGGGGGACCCGCACCUUGCCUCCUCCCUGCCCCCCAACCCCCAGCCCCCGCCAUGACUGACCCAUCAGCCUGUAAAACCACCAUUGCCUUGAUCUCAGGGGGUGGGAGGGCUGCCUCAGGGCACCCUGGGCUCCAGGCCCCUUCUUCCAGUUGGGCUUCCCUUCACCAGGGUCAGGGGUCCCAUGGGGGAGGGGGUGGGGAGGUUUAGAGGGCAGAGAAGCCCAGUCAGCCAUGAUGAGGUGGGGGUUUUCUUCACCUCAGGGGGCCAAGGUGUGAGGGGUAUCCUGCAGAGCCCCCGUCUCCCACUGUGGCCAUCUCAAAGCCUCAGCCUCUCUUCCUUCCAGAAGCCCCCACUGCCUUGGCCCCUACCUCUCCAGCUCCCCAAGGGCCCAGGCUGGGAGGCUGGAGACUCAGGGUAUGGCCCCCACUUGACUUAGUCUAAGCUUGGGGGGGUGGCCCAUGUGUGGAGGGGUGGACAGGCUGGUGGGUUGUCUGGUGCCUUUGGGAGCUGUGCUGCUGGAGUCUUGACUCCUGUAACCCCAGAGACCCCACUCCCACCCCAGAAAAGCCAGGGGGCUGUAGAAAUCACCCUAUUCUCUGCCUCCUUACCCCUGCUUUUGUUUGGGGUAACAGUGCUGGGAAGGAGUGCAUUGUUAGGGUGGUGGCCCUGGCAUCCACAGCCCUUCUGUGGAGGGCAGUGGGUAGGGUGGCUAAGGUGACAACAACCAGGUCUAGGGGUUGGCCAAAGGCUCCUUUCCCUGGGGGGAGGCCCAAGAAGCGGGCCAGGGGCUUGUUAAAGACACAGCCCUUUCCCCUGCACAAAUGGGGCAGGUGCAAUAGCGGUGGAGCUGGUAGAAAGAGGGGCAGUGGCCUGGAGGGCUGUCCUGGGUCCUGAAGGUUAGGAUCGGGACAAAAAGAUUGUAUGAGGUCCAUCUGCUCAACGGAGAGGGUAAUCCAGCCAAGAGGCAUCCCUGGGGUCAGCAGAUUCCCACUGGAAGCCCCUGGUGGCCUGGGUACCCUGGCCUGGCCUUGGAGACUCCUGAGCACUGAGCGGGAGGGCAGAGGAACAUUUUGCACAAUGGAGAAGCCAGAAGAAGGAAGGGGGUAGCCUAGAUGGCUGGGAGGGCUCAGAAGCACAGAGCAGAAGUCCUUCCACAGACAAAUACAGAGCCCUGGCCCCCUGGUUGGGGUAAGGGCACUGAGUCUGUCACCACCUGGGCACUCAAGAGGUGAAACCAAAGGUGGGCAGGGGACGGGUGGCAGCACUAAGGACUAGCCUUGUUGGUCCUAGGUCUGUAAAAUCCCUCCCCAAUGCCUUGUGUCGCGUACAGUUUUAUGUACCAAUAGGCGACAUUUGGCCAGAGGAGACCCCCUCAAACCCAGCCUGACCCAGUCAGUGUCUUCCUAGAGGGGACCAAGUUGGUCCCCAUCUCCCUACUUCAGAGCAUGUCUCUUAGUAGGGGAAGGGUAUGUGGGGACAUACUUUCUAGGGUCCCUGAAGCAUCUCUCACAUCAGAAGGGGAGCUGUCUCUAGGCAUCCCUAACCUGGGGGCUUCCUAGUCCUUAUGUCUCCCCUUGGGAGUCUCUGGGGACAUGAAUUCCCACCAGGGACCAUGGGAACAUGUCUCGCUUCCCUAUCCCAGGCUCUUUGAAGAGCCUGUUUGCCUCCCAGGGUUCCUGGGAGUACCUAAGACAAGUCAGUCUUGGGCUGGCUCUCUUUCCAGGGAAAAGCUGUCUCUGAAGCUCCCGGGAAGAGACGUCUCUGGCCCUCCCCCAUCUCUCCUAUGAGGGUGUCUGUCCUGCAGCACUUGGAAUAAGGCUGAGCAUCUCUGAAUUGUCUUUUCUCCUAGGGGCUCGAGGAUAUCACUCUCUCCUGAGGGAGGCCCCCUGGAGCCAUUUCUUCCCUGGGUGGGGCUGUCCUGGUGUUGGGAGGGCUUGUGUUGACCAUGUGAAAGUCUCUUAGGGAGACAUCUCCUUGUGAGACUUCUCUGGGAGGGAGGGCCGUCUCGCCCAUGGGGGUUCCAGGGCGGGUAUGUCUGCCCAUGGGAGGGGAGACUGUGUCUCUUCGGGUUAUCUGAGUGGGGAGGGGGGCCGUGUCUCUCUCGUGUGUCGGGGGGUGGGGUCGGGAGGGGGGUUUGGGCGCGUCGGGUGCCCACUUCGGGGUCGUGUUUCUCUUGGUUCGUGCCUCUUCCCACCGCCUCGCUCCUCCCGGGAAGGGCCCCCGCCCCCACUCCAUCCCCACCCCCGGCGCUGCGAGCACAAUCCCGUUGAUUUGUAAUGAUUUCUGUCUUUUCUGUCUUUCUCUUUCUCUGACCUCCCUCCCCUCGCCGCGAGCAUGCGCAGGCACCGCCCCUACCCCCUCCGGUUCGGUUCGUUUCCGGUUUGUUUGCUGAGCUGUCAAUGAAAGACCCAUGUAAUUAUUCCCGAGCUUUACAAUAAAAGUGUGAAAACCGGA